AUGGCGCGCUCCUUCAAGGGUCGCCUGAAGAGUGCAAGCUUGCGCAUUGAUACCACCAAAGCUGCUGAAGGUACCAUGCAGUCCCUGAACGAGCUCUUGGCCAAGCGCGGUCGUCUCGGCGUCUGCACCAUCCAGGGGCAGGAUUAUUCCUGCACGCCCGAGGCCUUUGAGCCGAUGCAUUGCUGGGAACAUUGUGGAUCCGGUGAAUACGGCUCUGUCUACAAGGCACUUCAUCGAGCCUCGGGUGCCGUGUGCGCCAUUAAGAUAGUGUCUGAGAAGAACACCGAGCCCAAAUCGCGUGAACAUUUGCUCAAUGAUCUUGAUGUCAUUCGCACGGCCAAUCAUGAUCAUAUUGUCAAGUUUUAUGGUUUCGACUUUCAGGAUAAUGCCAUGCGCAUCAUCAUGGAACACGCCCGCUGUGAUUGGAACACACUGGUGGGCCAGGCAGCGCUCUUAACACCGCAAGAUACCGCUGCUCCCGAGGGCGUGGUGCGCCUUUUCGCUCUCUCUGUCGUCCGUGCCCUGGUAUAUUUGGCCGACAACCUCAACACUUUCCAUCGCGACGUCAAACCUGCCAACGUCCUGCUGGCGCACGAUGGCAGCGUCAAACUUUGCGAUUUUGGCAUUUGUAAACGGGUGGCACCAGAGCAAGUAUUGCGCGCCACUACCAAAGUGGGCUGCUAUGCCUAUCUUCCGCCGGAACGGCUUCUCAAUCAGGUGGCCAACUACGACUCAAGAACAGAUGUCUGGGCUCUUGGCGUGACCUGUUUGCAACUGGGAACGCUUGCGCGCUGCCCCAUCCCCCUACGCGAUGAUUUUCGGCUUCUCCAGCUCAUGAACAACAUCAAGUCUGGCGGUCUGUACUUUGCCCCUCAGCUCUCUUACAUCUGA